AUGGCCGUGGCUCUAUCUCCACUAUAUUCCCCUUCCUUAACUCAACCGCUUGUUCUCGCUCCUCGCUGGACCACAACCACUUUUUCGUAUCCACCCCAGACUUCGAUCCCGACUUUCACGUCGACGUCAUCGUCGUCAAGUUUGCCAACUCCGGUAGCUCAAACUUCAUCCUCAAUAUUUGUUUCUCUACCGACGCCGUCGCCCACAUCAACUACUAAUCCUUCCCCCGGGUCCUCGUCCGAGCAGUCAGGCAAGUCUUUGUUGGUUUGCUCAGGCAUCAGAGAAAAUUCGGAAAUCGCUGGUCUCGGUAUCCGGAUUUCUUUCUAUGCGACGAGUUUCCUCGCCGUCGUUGCCGCAUUGCUUCCGAGAGCGGACAUCGACGGAACCUUCUGGAUCCUAAUGCUCGCCAAUUUGGCUCUCCUUGUCUCGUCAAUCGUUCAAGCAUCCAUACACAAUCUUUCGUUGUACACUGCAAUUCUCAUAUCCUAUCUGCUCAUUCUCCACCUUACUUCGGCCUCUACUGUCUUGAUUAUCAGAGCAUCACAGGGGCAGAAGGUUCACUGGAGAUAUACACCAUUUUUGGUUCUCCAGAGUAUUUUAAUCCUGGCGCUGGCGAUCUAUGUUUGGUCUCAUGCACAUACCUUUGGAAGUCAGCCAGAGUGUAACCCAGCGACGCAGUUGAUCUUCUUCGGGCACGCCUUUUCGACAACCGGUUCGGGGCGUGUAGCUCCUCUCGUGCUUUUGGCCUUCAUGCUGGCGACUGUUGUUGCUCAGGUUGCUCGAAGCAUCCUGAAUCGAAGCAAUAGGGCGACAGCUGGAUACGAUGAACUAAGGAAUAGUCCCCGACGUGCAGGGGAUUAUUUCGUACUGACCUUUUGGGGCACUUUCUUUUUAGCCCGUUGGCUUUACAUUGUGGUUACCGUUGAGCAGACUAUUCGGAGAAAUUUCCUUAUUCAUAACAGCCACGCUUUUAACUUUGAGCAGAUUUUUCCGCUCCUCACUAUUGGACUCCCCGUCAUUGCGAUCAUAUAUGCUUACUUACCCAGGCAAGAAGCCACCACGAAUCCUUCGCCGGCUCAAGCAUAUUGUAGGAACUGCAACAGCCUCAUGGCCCUUGAUAAUGAGAAGGCAUCUGCGUAG